AUGGCCCUCGCCCGCUCACUUGCUGCAGUCACAUCUCAGCAAUCAGCUACAGUGUUGCGCAGCCUCGCCAGCAUCGCCGCUGCGCACGGCGCGCCAUCAGCCAGCGAGCCUGGCAGCCUCCGCGAGCUGCUGUGGGGUGCGGCUGGCGAGCGCCCUUCUGACCAGCAGCAGGUGCACUACCAUUAUAAGGAGCUCUACGCCCAUCACCAGCAGCAGCGGCAGCAGGAGCACUACCACCAGCAGCAACAGCACCAUCAGCAGGACGACGAUGCGCCUUCCGUGCGCGGCGCGAUCCGGCGCUGCGCCAGCCGGCUGAUGUUUGGGCUAGCCCCGGGGACGCCGGUGUCUGUAGAGGGCGCGCUGCAGCCCAGUGGCCAGGCGCGCGUUGUGACGGAGGCGACCUACCCUUACCGCGUGGUGCACGCCAACGAGGCGUUCCAGCGCGCAUCCGGCUGGGCCCCCUCGGAGGCGCACGGCGCGCCGCUGCCGGUGCUGCUCAAGGGGCCCGAGACAGACCCCGCGGCGCUCAACCAAAUCCAGGAGGCGGCCGCCGCGCGGGCUCGCACCUGCGUCGUUUGCGUCACCUACAGGAAGGAUGGCUCAUCCUUUCUGAACCACCUCCAGCUGUCACCGCUGUAUGACACCGUCGGCCACGUCAGCCACCUGCUGGCGGUGUCGAUGCCCCAGGAUCUCGCGCCCGGCGGCGCCGACGGGCCCUCGUCCGAAUGA